AUGAGCGUUAAAAAACAAUCAUAUGCAGGAAGCACAACAGAUUACUCAGAAGCAAUGUUUUAACCAAAUUUCACAUAGAGAAACCAAGGUCUAAACUAAAAUUAUCAAUUGCCAACAUAAAAUCAAUAAUUUCUACCAUAAUAACCAUUUCAAAACUAAAGAAUUUCAUUUGGCUAAGGAGAGUUUUGCCAACCAUAACAAACAAUACCAAAGCAAAGAUCUGAUUACAACUUUCAACCUUAAUAUCCAGUAACUGAUUUAAAUAGUACAUUUACAAUGCUUCCAAAAGUAUUUGAAAUGGAUUAAGACUUUUUACCUCAGGAAAUACUCUUCUUGCUAUCAGAAGAAAAUAAUCAUAUAGACAGAUUUAAAAAGAGAGUGGAUAGAGAAAAGGAAAAGAUCAAAAGAGAUAUAAGUUCUAUUAAGAGUGAAAUUUCAAAUAUGAUUGAAGAUCUAGGAGUUUAGAUGUAACAAUUUGUGGAUGAACAUUAUAAAAGAUACUUAAAUGUUUAUGCUGCUUUUAAGGAUGAAGUUAUUCAGUUUAAGAAAACCAAGUUAGAAGCACCUUUGAAUUUAGUACCUCCUCCACCCUCAAAUAAUUUUGGAGACUGUUCUAACGCUAAUUUAAUUAGAGAGUUAGAAGAAAUGAAAUAUUAAAAUUAUGUUAGUAAAGUUAAUGCUUACAUAAGCAAUUUGGCUAAACAAAGGGUUGAAUAAAUACAAAUAAUAUCAAAGGAAUUAUUAUAAUUGACCAGUCAAAAUAGCGAAUUCUAUCACUCAGAAGCAACUUUAAGACAAUUGAAUAAUAUCAAAUAAGAAGUAGAAGAAAGACUAAUAACAAAGUUUGGUGACAUGACUGAUUAUAUUUUGCCUUUAGAUUUUAUGGAACAGAGUUAAUAGAAAUAAAUGAAUCAAGAAAUAAAAAGUAAAUUAAAUCUAGAGACUUAAUCACUUCCAUAAUCAGCAAUUAAAACAAAUCCUUAUUUAAAUAUUUAAGAACCAAAAUUAACUCUAAAUUUUGAGAAUCAAAUGAAUCAAUUCAACUAAUCUUCAUAAACAAUUUAGUAGUCUCCCAUCCUGUAAUUACAAAACCAUUUUUUAAACACUCAUACAAUUUAGGGGAAGGUCAAUGAAUUACAAGAAAUCUAAUCUCAAGACAUCAGACAUAAUGGAAUGAUAUUGUGUUUUACAAAUAUCAAAGAAAAUUUAAUUGCUACUGGAUCUAAAGAUACAUGCAUUAAUAUUUGGGAUAAUUAUUCUUUGAUAUCCUAGUUGAAAGGUCACACUGAUGGAGUUUGUACAUUAACAGUAAUUAAAGCAAAUAAUGUGCCUUUCUUCUUAGCAUCUGGAAGUGACAAUGGAGACAAAUCAAUUAAAAUAUGGAAUUUAUCAACUUUGAAAGAACAUAAUACUUUAGUAGAACAUCAAGCAGCUGUAGUUGCAUUAUUAUCAUUAGAUGAUGGGCAAACUCUUGUUAGUGGAUCUUAUGAUAAAUCAUUGCUGAUUUGGAAUAUCGAUAAUUAGAAACCAAUUUAAAGAUUGGAUGUUCAUACAAAUGCUGUAACUUGUCUCACUUUAGCAAAAGGAAGAUUCAUUUCAGGAGGAUUGGAUCAAACCAUCAAUGUAUGGAAAAUCAUUAAAAAUGCUUAAGGACAGUUUUAAUCAGCAUAGUUAGAAAGGACUAUUAGAAAUCAAACCCUAGUUUGCGCCUUGAAUAUUGUUUAAAUCUAAAAUAAUACCAAAAUCAUUAGUGGAGGCAAAGAUGGAAAAAUUAGAGAAUUUGAUAUCAAUACUGGCGAACUCUUAUCAUAAUAAUAAGUAACUAAUGGGCCUAUUGUGGAAAUGAUUGUUGCAUAAGAUUAUGUGAAUUAUUCUGUCAUCUCUAUGUCAAAUAAAGAUCGAAAUUUAGUAAUGACAAGUCAAGGAGUAAACAAAGUCUUGGAUACAAAUGACCAAGUAUUUGUAGAAUUUGGCUGUGGAGUUUAUCCAAAAAUUGAAGUUGUUGAGAAAGCUGGGCAAUUGUAGUUAAAUAUCAUCUCAUAGAAACAAGAUGUUUAGAAAAUUUUUAAGUAUGCUAUCUGA